CCUAGUUUGAUGCCACUCCCCACCCAUAUAUUUGGACCACCCCGACACCAUCUCCUUGCUCUCCACUCUUUAGCUCUCUCUGAUUCCAAUCCCUUCUCUUCUUUUGCUCUUAUUCUCGCUGUUAUCUGUAGCUCGAUGGCUCUGGAAGCACUGGCCGUAACGCCGGCGCCGGCGCCGGCUUUGGUGUCGAAGUCAAGUGUGAGUGAGGCGACGUCGGAGGAGGUGGCACCGCCGCCUCAGCUCGAAACGUGCGCGAAGCGGAAGCGGUCGAAGCGUCACCGCUUGUUCGAUCACCGCCCGACCGAAGAGGAGUACCUGGCCCUCUGCCUCAUGAUGCUGGCCCGCGGUGAAGGUGGGCCCGGUCACCGCCUCCCGUCCCCUUCUCCUCCGCCGCCGCCGUCGGCGGCGGAGGCGAGGCAGGAUUUCAAGUGCUCGGUCUGCGGCAAGGCCUUCAGGUCCUACCAGGCUCUCGGAGGCCACAAGGCCAGCCACCGGAAGCCCGCUACCCCCUCCUCUGCCGGCGGCAGCAGCGGAGGAGGAGAGGAGGUGGUCUCCAGCGGCUCAGUCUCGUCGUCAGGAGGCGUGGGGAGGGUGCACGAGUGCUCGGUGUGCCACAAGACGUUCCCGACGGGGCAGGCUCUGGGGGGCCACAAGAGAUGCCACUACGACGGCGGCGCCGCCGCCGCCGGAGCUGCCGGAGGAAUCGGGGUGACGACGUCGGAGGCGGCGACAUCGGGGCCGAGGGGGUUCGAUCUGAACCUGGUGCCGCUGCCGGAGUUUGGGCGCCAAGCUACUGCAAGUCGGUGUUUGGCGGCGGCGGCGACGGAGGAGGAGGUGCAGAGCCCUCUGGCGCUGAAGAAGCCGCGGUUCUUAAUUCCGGCUUAGAGAAACGCGACGCGAAACAGGCGCACCAAAUUGGCGGCAGGGACAGAUUGGAGUUGAAACUUCAGAAGCUAUAGAGGUUGGAGGUGGCAUCUGGCAAGUAUCUGAGGCCACUUUUGGUGCACUAAAAUUAAAGAGGUUUGAUCAAUUAUCUGAUAUAAGCCGAGAGUGAUGAUAUGGUAGCUGUUUCGUGCUCGGAAGUUGGUCUUCCAAGUAUUUUUUCCAACUCGCUAGAUAUGAUGAAAAAUGAUAUGUUUUUGAAGAAAAUUAUUAAUCUCUAAUAGUAGAAAAUCAAAACAUGUCCAAUCACAUUUGCUACGAUGCUCUACGGUGCAUGGAUUGCACCACAGAAUACUGUAACAUGCUCGAUGAUCCAUAUG